AUGCGGUCCAACUACAUUUUUGCCCUCCUUGCCUUUGGAGGUGUUGCUAUUGCGGCUCCCGUUGCCGCUGAGGCUGAGGAUGCAGUUUCUCAGGGCGGCAUUGGCUCGGGAUUAGGCGUUGGCUACGGCAGUGGUUCUGGUAGCGGCCUGGGUGCCGGCGCUGGCAGUGGCGCUGGCGCUGGCGAAGGUUCUGGAGAAGGUUCCGGCUUCGGUGCUGGCCUCGGUGCCGGUGGUGGUAUCGGUAUUGGAAUUGGUGAGGGAAGUGGCGGUGGAGAGGGCGGUGGCAGUGGCAUCGGAUUUGGAGCAGGAUCGGGUAGAGGUUAG